AUUUAUUUAUUCAUGUCUACAGAAAGUAUUCAAUGAAUCUCUGUGGAAUAAAAUCAGUACACUUACUGACGCUAAUACACAGACAUAAAUUGAUGUAUUGAAAAUGUUAUAUGUGGAACUACCACUUCGUAUUAUAAUAACUGUAGAAGGAUUUAUUGGAACAAUAUUAAAUUGUUUAUCAUUAUUUAUUGUAUUUAAUACACGAUUCGGUUCAAAAUCGACUACAGUAUUGUUAAGAUUACAGCCAAUCUAUGAUAUGAUUGCAUGUUUUCUUUAUGCAAUGUAUACAGCAACAGAGAAUGGUAAACCUACACAAAUUCUAUUCUUAGAUAAAUUAUUAUGUUAUUUAUGGUCUAAUAAUAUUGCUUAUUGGUUAGGUGUUGUACUGAGUGUACAUAAUAUUAUCUGUAUUUCAAUUGAUCGUUUCAUUGCUGUUCUCUUUCCAAUAAUCUAUAAAAGGCAUCAAUUAUUAAUUAUAAUAAUAUUUAUAAUUUAUCAAUUAUGUAUGAUUGGAUUAUUAUUUGUACCAAUUAUCUUUUUUCGACUUUUUAUCAGUGGUAUAUGUACUUAUGUGACUGGACCAGCUGGGAUUGAUUCACGUGUAUACAUUGCUUUCAGAGGGUAUACAUGGUUAAUAUUUCAGUAUAUACUUCCAUUGAUCAUUAUUAUCACAUGUCAUAUAUUGAUUGUGAUCAAAUUGAGUAGGCGACAACAUCAUUCUAUAGCUUGUUUACCAGUUAGUGUCUUUUCAAGUGUUACUAUUACAACUACUACCACUACUACUACUACUACUAAUAAUAGUACUACUGCCACUACUAAUCAUGGUGUACAACGAUAUUCAGAGUCUGAAUUAAAUGAUCAUAAAAGACUAGUUGGAUUAGUUAUUAUAACUGCAUUAAUGUCUGGUCAACAGGCAAUUCUUCAUUCUUAUGAAUUUAUACGCUAUUUUUUAACAAUGCUAAAUAUUGUCAUUUUUAGUUAUGGUACAGUUGGACAACAAAUGGGACCAUUUCUUAUCUUAUUAAGUAGUUGUAUUAAUCCAUGUAUAAUAAUUGCUACUACAGUAUCAUUACGUAGACAAUUUUCAAGUUAUUUACAUAAAAUAUUGUCUAAAAUUAAUAAAAGAAAAUGUUAGAAAAAAAUUCAUCAUAUAGUUUAUAUUACAUAUUGACAAAUUUCAAAAAGAGUAUUUCGCGCCAAUAAAUGAUGUUCAAGUGUUCAAUGCAUCGAAAUACUUGUGUUUAAAUGUAUUCCGUUUGAAAUUUAACUAUUUAUUAUUAUUAUUAUUGUAAAUAAAAUAUUGUCUACUUUUCAACGGGAUAUAAUUUGUUAUUGAAAAGUG